ACCCCUGCGAGGCAGUAGCAGAACAGCAGUAGGGGCAGCGGGGGCAGCACCGUCGCUCCACCUCCUCAACCGCGCAGCGAAUAGGCUGACGUCCGAGUGGGCUGACGUGUUGUUUAGAUUUCUGGCUCCGAGUCGUCCAAGCCGCGCUGCGACUGGAGAAAAUGGAGGCGUCUUUCAACAUGAAUGCGUUCGUCAACUCUUUCAGCAACCGACUGGAGAAGCCAGUACGUGACCACCUCAAGAACGUGUAUAGCUGUCUGGCUAUUUCUACCUUGGCAGCUGCUGCUGGUGGAUAUGUUCACCUGUUCACGGAAAUCCUACAGGGCAACAUUCUGACGACCUUGCUGUCUCUUGGCCUCCUGGUGGCUCUCUUUGCAGUACCAGACAAUGGAAAGAACCAGCACGUCCGUUUGGCCAUCCUUGUUGGCUUUGCCUUCACCACAGGUUUGGGCAUGGGCCCCCUUCUGGAUAUUGUGGUCUCGGUUGACCCAUCUAUCAUCUCUACUGCAUUUCUGGCUACAUGUGCAGUCUUCACUUGCUUCUCUCUCAGUGCUUUGUACACUGACCAUUGCCGUUGGAUCUACAUUGGUGGAACACUGAUGUCAAUCCUGUCCAUCAUGUCACUGUUCUCCCUGGUGAACCUGUUCAUUGGCUCAUUCUUCUUGUUCCAGACCAACCUCUACCUUGGUGUGGCCCUCUUCUGUGGCUUCGUGCUCUACGACACCCAGCUAAUCAUUGAAAAGAGGAAGCGUGGUGAGCGUGACUACAUCAGACACUCUGUUGACCUGUUCCUGGACUUCAUCAGCAUCUUCAGACGCCUGCUCAUCAUUCUGACUCAGAAGGAGAGUAGCAGGCGUGAAAAGCGGAACUGAUGUCUCGCCGCUUGCAGAGAUUUGGUGGUCCCUUGGUUGACAAACCUACACCCCCAUUCAAUUUCCUGUAGCCAGUCAGUCCAAGUUUGCCAAGCACUUGUCAAAGUCCACUCCACUAGAAUGUUUGCCUUUAAAGAAACCUGCAGCACAUGCACACAGCUCUGAUGGAGGAUAGCAACAUGAGCUGUCAUGCUGCAUAUUCAUGUGACCAGGACCUUGAUGAUUUGGCAUAACUCUUGUUUUGUGUUGAAGAUGAAUGUGUAACUGGCAUCUUAUGUAUGUUUCAGAUGCUUAAUUUUUCAGUCAGGGCUAUGGUUUUUAAUUUCUGAGAGUGUAAAGAUAACAUUUUGUGUAAAUCUGUAGUAGAUAAUGGAUACAUUAUUUUUUAUUUUCACUGUGAUGUGGAGUGCUAGAUUACUAUUUUUCUUUUUGUAUACAAGUAUUGUGUACAUCUUGUUCAUGCAUCUAACCAAUGUACAUUUGCAAUGCCUGUCCCAAAAUGUUUGUGCAUUGGGGAUUACAGUGAUGCAUUGGUGUUCACAGUACAACAUGCACAAUGCGACAGCUUGAAUUCACAUGAAAAGUAAGAGCUGACAAUCAUACUUUGCAUUAGUGGGUUGUGCUCUGCGUUUGUGGGUGUAUUUUUGUGGCUCAAUAAAAGUUGUC